UGAGCGAGAGAGACGAUGGGAAUGUAGAGUAUCUCCGGCUGGGAAAGCUAAGGCUGUCCGGUCAAUUUCGCAGUGUUUUUCCUCGCCUCCCUCUGAAACAAAUCCGCUUCCAGGCGCUCGGACCCGCAUGUGAAGCGUGUGAAGGCGGCUGCGUGAAGACUGGGGACAGGGGGUGAGCCGAGCUGGAGCUGAACCGGGGCUCCACUGCAGUGUUACAGUGUUACCCCUGUAACGAGGAUAUUCUGUCCAAUGGAAUACAGGUGGGCUUUAGAGGAACUAGGUGGUGUGUAGUGCUAACACACUGACUGUGGCCCAAACGCAGACACACCUCGGAUGCCUCCGGCCAGUUUGAGCUCAUGGUGUGUGCUCGUCUGGAAAAACUAGUGGCCUGGCCAAACAGCGCGUUGUUGCUACCCACAAUAAAGCCCACACAGGAUGUCGUGGGCCAGAGGCCUCUUUGUGGGCAGAGUCGAUGAUCGAAAGACGGCAUGGGGAGACCGCAAUGGCAAGAAAAGAAAGGACAGCUCAUCGCUGUGCAGUCCACGUUACAUGAGCUGCCUGAGAGACCCUGAGGACCUGGAGCACCCAAAUGUGGCACCUCAGCAUUACCACUGUGCUGCGGGCGCCAGUGGGGGCAACUUUGGCUUGCGCUGCGGCUGGCAGGAGGACCACUACGGGAAAAGGAUGGGUGCCGGUGGAGAUCUGGGUCUCAAAGCUGUGGACCUGGGCUUUGAAGACGGGGAACUGAAGGGAAGGAAAGAGGAGGAAUUGGGGGAAUUAGCAGAGGGCGGCUGCAACACAAUGACUGCUGCAGACUGCUGGAUGCGGAUUAUGUGGGUUUUCCAGUCCAAGAAAUUUCAGUCGAGCAAGCUGGAGCGCCUGUACCAGCGCUACUUCUUCAGGCUCAACCAGAGUUCUCUGACCAUGCUGAUGGGGGUGCUGGUUGUGGUAUGUGGGGUCAUGGUCACCUUCCACUCCAUCCACACAACCCCUGAUGUGGCCUACGUGUCAGUGCUGUGUGUAGCCAUGGCUCUCUUCCUGGCCAUGAUGGUGGUGUGCAACCGUAACGGCUUCCAUCAGGACUACAUGUGGAUUGUGAGCUACCUGGUGAUCGGGGUGCUGAUAAUAGUGCAGGUGUUUGGGGUGCUGAUGGUGUUCCCCCGCAGUGCCUCAGAGGGCAUCUGGUGGACGGUCUUCUUCAUCUACAUCAUCUACACGCUGCUGCCAGUGAGGAUGAGAGCGGCUGUGCUCAGCGGAGCUGUGCUGUCCAUCAUACACACUGUCACCGCCUGGCAGCUCAACCAAGAGGACAAGUUCAUUUUCAAACAGGUCAGUGCCAACGUGCUGAUAUUCCUGUGCACUAACAUGAUCGGGAUUUGUACACACUACCCUGCUGAGGUCUCGCAGAGACAGGCCUUCCAGGAGACAAGAGGAUACAUCCAGGCUAGACUUCACCUGCAGAGGGAAAACCAGCAGCAGGAGCGCCUACUGCUGUCAGUACUGCCAAGGCAUGUUGCCAUGGAGAUGAAGGCUGAUAUCAAUGCAAAGAAGGAAGAUAUGAUGUUCCACAAGAUCUACAUCCAAAAACAUGACAAUGUUAGCAUACUGUUUGCAGAUAUUGAGGGCUUCACCAGCCUGGCGUCUCAGUGCACAGCCCAGGAGCUGGUCAUGACGCUGAAUGAGCUGUUCGCCCGCUUUGACAAGCUGGCCUCGGAGAACCAUUGCCUGCGUAUUAAAAUCCUAGGGGACUGUUACUACUGUGUGUCAGGUCUGCCUGAGCCCCGGGCCGACCACGCCCACUGCUGCGUGGAGAUGGGAGUAGACAUGAUUGAAGCCAUCUCGCUGGUGAGGGAGGUGACAGGCGUUAAUGUGAACAUGCGGGUGGGCAUCCACAGCGGACGUGUUCACUGUGGGGUGCUGGGCCUGCGCAAGUGGCAAUUUGAUGUCUGGUCCAAUGACGUGACACUUGCUAACCAAAUGGAAGCUGGAGGAAAGGCUGGACGUAUCCACAUCACCAAAGCCACACUGCAGUAUUUGAACGGGGACUACGAGGUGGAGCCAGGAUUUGGAGGAGAGAGAAAUGCUUACCUGAAGGAGAACAACAUUGAAACCUUCUUGGUGCUGGGUUGCAGCCAAAAGAGGAAAGAAGAGAAAGCCAUGAUGGCCAAGAUACAGCGAGCGCGCGCAAAUUCUUCUGAGGGUCUGAUGCCGCGCUGGGUGUCUGACAGAUCUUUCGCCAGACCCAAGGAGCCCAAAGCCUUCAGGCAGAUGGGCAUCGAUGAAGCAUCCAGCAAAGACAACCGCUGCAUUCAGGAGGCCUUGAACCCUGAGGAUGAGGUGGAUGAGUUUCUUGGACGAGCCAUUGAUGCGCGCAGCAUCGACCAGCUGAGGAAAGAUCAUGUCAAGAAGUUUCUCCUCACCUUUCAGACCGCCAGCCUCGAGAAAAGGUAUUCCAAAAAGGUUGAUGAUCGCUUUGGAGGAUAUGUGGCCUGCGCACUCCUUGUUUUCUGUUGCAUCUGUUUCAUUCAGAUUAUCAUUUUCCCAAGGACUACACUUAUGCUAGGUCUGUACGUCAGUAUCUUGGUCAUCCUCACCAACAUCCUCUUCAUCUGUGCCAUCUACUCCUGCAUUAAACUCUUCCCAGUUGCCUUGCAGACUGUAACCAAGAGAAUAGUCCAGUCUCGUGCAAACAGCACUCUGGUUGGCGUCUUCACCAUCCUCCUCCUCUUCAUCUCUUCUUUUUCUAAUAUGUUUACCUGCAGCAAAGAGAAACUGAAGGACUGUGUAGCCAAUGAGCUGAACACGUCGGUGACUCUUUGCCUGCUACACAACCUGACCAAGACGGCAGAAGAUGGUUUGACUCUGUGUUCAAGCCAGGUCAUGCCCUGCCAUUUCCCUGAGUACUUCAGCUACAGUGUACUGCUGACCCUGCUGGCCUGCUCUGUGUUCCUCCAAAUCAGCAGCAUAGGGAAGCUGGCUCUGAUGUUGUUCAUCCAGCUCACUUUCCUCUUGUUGGUGGAGUGGCCUCAGGUGGCCCUGUUUGACAACGCAGACUUGCUGGUCAUUGCCAACACCCUGCAAUUAUCACAUGCUAAUGAUUCCCUAGAAGAGCCUAGUUUCAAUGAAACUGCAGAACAGUGUGUGGAGAGUGUGACCAAGGUGUCCCUGAAGGUCAUGACCCCCGUAAUCCUCACCGUUUUUGUUCUGGCUCUCUACUUGCACGGCCAGCAGGUGGAGUCCACUGCUCGCCUUGACUUCCUCUGGAAGCUGCAGGCAACAGAGGAAAAGGAGGAGAUGGAGGAACUGCAAGCAUACAAUCGACGUCUGCUCCACAACAUCCUGCCCAAGGACGUUGCUGCCCACUUUCUUGCGCGAGAGCGUCGGAAUGAUGAGUUGUAUUACCAGUCAUGUGAGUGCGUCGCUGUCAUGUUUGCCUCCAUCAGCAAUUUUUCAGAGUUUUACGUGGAGCUAGAGGCUAACAAUGAAGGAGUGGAGUGUCUCAGGCUGCUCAAUGAGAUCAUCGCUGAUUUCGAUGAGAUCAUCAGCGAGGAGAGAUUCCGACAGCUGGAGAAAAUCAAAACCAUUGGCUCCACCUACAUGGCAGCUUCUGGCCUCAAUGAUUCCACCUAUGAUAAAGAGGGCCGGUCUCACAUCCUAGCCUUGGCUGACUAUGCCAUGAGGCUUAGAGAGCAGAUGAAAUAUAUCAAUGAGCACUCCUUCAACAACUUCCAGAUGAAGAUUGGACUGAACAUGGGGCCUGUGGUAGCUGGUGUGAUUGGAGCCAGGAAGCCCCAGUAUGAUAUAUGGGGGAACACAGUGAAUGUGGCCAGUCGGAUGGACAGUACAGGUGUACCAGACUACAUCCAGGUGACCACCGACUUGUACCACGUGCUGGUCAACAACGGAUACCAGCUGGACUGCCGAGGCAUGGUCAAGGUGAAGGGGAAGGGGGAGAUGACCACUUACUUUCUCACCAGCGGUCCCCCGGGCAGUUAACGACAGACCGGCCGCCUGCGGAGUGACUCCAUUGCACUGACAAGACGGAGAGUAGCAGAGAGACUGAGUUUUCAGCCCAACGAUGAGCACCAAAGCACGGCGCGAACACACUGGGGACAGGAGACGGCUGACAGGAGACGAGCUCAGCUUGUCUGUUUGUUGUCGCGUAAUAAGAUGCACACAUGUCGGACGUUGUUCUCAUUUGAGGGCUUUUUUUCCCCCAAGCUGCUUGAGAGAUCAGGAAGCCCAGAUGCCUUAGGAUGGAAGUGGCUAUGCUUAUGUUUAUGAGCAAUAGUACAAGUAUUUCCUCUGGAGUCAUUAUUUAUUUUCAUGCAGAUGGAUUUUUGUGACGACCUUGUACAAAACAGAAAUUAUAUACAUAUAGAAUAAUAAAAAAAAUAUAAAAAAAAUGUUUCUUAGAGGAAAAUAUGCAAGGACAACAUGAAGGAUGAAAAUGACCAAAGAACAAAUGUUUGAUAUGAAACACACACAUGCAGUACAUGAUUCUGUUUUAAAGUACAGUAACCUCAAGUAACCUUAACCUUUAUUCAUCUUUAGACAACAAUGGCCACGGUAACGUCACCGUCACAGAUAGGGACGGGCGUUUUUUUAUUUUUUUUUUUUGCUGUGGAUUUAAUAGUGAAGGAACACACACACACACACACACACACAUACACAAACACUCAUGAACUUGGAUUCCUGUGUUUCUUAUCAGGGCCUUCUUAGUUUCUUCCAGCCUUGUGGUUCACUGACAUGUGUGACUGAUUACUUGGUCUCUGCAGUGUAUUUUUGGUUCAAGCCAAAAGAAACAAGAAGUUUGAAGCGAAAGAAGAACUAUUGCAUUAUUACCACGGUACUGCAAGAGAUUGUUAAAACACUUCUGAAACAUUUUAUAUGUAUGCGUGCGUGCAUGUGUGAGUGUGUGCGUGUGUGUGUAUGUGCGUGUGUGUGCACUGGUUUCGGCACACACAUAACUGAAUGCUGGUCUUUACCUAUAAAGGGACAUACUGUAACUUUUCACUGUGAGGUUUUUAUGAUACUGUAUGACAAUGCUUUCUUGCCAAACUGGUUGCUGCAAGGCAUGUUUUGUAUUAUUUUCGGAGUUGUGUGUCCAUUCCCGAUUUCUUUUGUCAUUUUGUCAAUGAUAAUUUUAGGAGAACGGCGUCCACGUCUUUUACUGGACUGUAAUUUUGACUGAUUUCAUUCCAACUCAAAUAAGCUAAAGCUUACAAAACCCUAUAUUUUGGAUUGUGUAAUAAUGUUUGGCUUCCUGACAGUGUCAGGAUUAACUGUAUACCAGAGUUCUCCAUCUGCUCACUUGUAUUGCCUUGAGAUUUUGCAGUUUUCAGGUCCAACUUCUUAAUGGACCAACAUUCACAACUUUACACUACAGUAUUUGACACUAGCUAGUUGUAUUUGGCACAUGGUGGCUUAUAACCCCCAAAACUGGUUGUUCAAAACAAUAAUCAUAUGAAUGUAAUGUAUUAAAAUGUUUUUUUGCCCACAAUGAACUACUACUGAAGGAAACCACUCUUUACUUUGCCUUUUGUUUCUGGGGAGAGAAAUGAAUCAUUGUAUUAGAAGCCAAUGCUGAUCGGGCUUCAUGUUUGCUGUAAAGUUAGUAUUGAACAUUCAGACGUUGUUAAGCUCACUUUAUGUCUGAGCCUAAAUCUGUUGCCUUUAAAGGCUGCAAGUCAGUUCCUCACUUCUACUUGUCGCUUUCUGAAAAAUAAAGGUCAAAAAGACAGCUUGUUUUUUUUUUCCUUUAAAAGGUGGCAGAGUUGGAGAUAUAGUGCAAUGAUUUAAAUCAUGUCCCCAUGAAAAACAAAUUAAUAAAUGGCAUUUUUUUUGCAUUGA